GUAGAAGACACUCCUUGGGACAAGGAGCUUUCAGAAAACCAACCCCUGCGAAAGUUUCCCGGUUCCGAGCUUUGAUCUCGCCGAGUAUUUAGGGUAUCAUGAGCAAACGACCAAACUUCUUGUUGAUUGUCGCCGAUGACCUGGGCUUCUCAGAUGUCAGUCCGUUUGGAGGCGAAAUCAAAACGCCUCAUCUCGCUCGCCUGGCCUCGGAGGGUUUGCGUUUUACAGACUUCCAUGCGGCGUCAGCAUGUUCACCAACAAGAUCGAUGUUGUUGAGUGGAACGGACCACCACAUCGCUGGGAUAGGAACCAUGGCUGAAACCAAAGCUGAAUUUCAUAAAGAUAAGCCAGGGUAUGAAGGCUUCCUGAAUGAUGCAGUGGCCCCCCUGCCUGAAUUGUUGAAUGAGGCUGGCUAUUUGACCAUGAUGGCUGGGAAAUGGCAUUUGGGGAGUGAGCCAGGACGAUUUCCAUGCGAUCGUGGAUUUGAAAAAUCGUUCGCCCUGCUUCCGGGUGCCGCCAAUCACUAUGCUUUUGAACCCCAGCUAGCUGCUGGCGACGAAAAGCCAGGCUGGAUCAAACAUUGUCCUUCAUUGUAUGUGGAAGGCGACAAGAACAUUCCACCCGAAGAACUAGGCUCCAGCUUCUAUUCCACCGAUUCUUACGUCGAUAAACUUUUGCACUACUUCGAUGCGAGGACAGAGGACGAUCGAGACCGCCCCUUUUUUGCCUAUCUGCCCUUCGCGGCACCUCAUUGGCCUCUUCAAGCUCCUCAGGAGAACAUGCAGCGAUACCGGGGCUCUUACGAUGACGGGCCAGCUGCUCUCCGCGAGAAACGUCUGCAAAAGCUCAAAGAGUUUGGGCUUGUGGGGAAAGAUGUGGUCCCCCACGACGUUGUGGCCGUUGGUGAUAAUCGCCUGGCCCGGGAUUGGGCGUCACUUUCACCAGAGGAUCAGGCGUACUCCGCGCGCACGAUGGAGGCGUAUGCCGGUAUGGUGGAUCGGAUCGACGAGCAAAUUGGGCGGGUGCUGGCCCAUCUCGAGAAGACCAACGAGCUUGAAGACACGGUGGUGCUCUUCAUGUCCGACAAUGGCGCCGAAGGCAUGAUGUUGGAAGCCGUGCCCGUGAUGGGCGAUAACAUGGCCGCACACCUGGAAAAGUACUACGACAACUCGAUAGAGAAUAUCGGUCGAGCGAAUUCCUACGUGUGGUACGGUCCACAUUGGGCCCAGGCCGGCACAGCUCCUUCCAGACUGUACAAGGCCUUCACGUCUGAGGGUGGAAUCCGAGUUCCGCUGAUCAUGUGGGCUGGUGGGCGCGUCAGAGAGGCUCUGAUGGGCGCGAAGCACCAAGCUGGGGAUAUCCGGCACGACUUUUGCACCGUGAUGGACAUCGCUCCGACGAUCCUCGACUGGGCGGGUGUAUCGCAUCCAGGAACGGAAUAUAGAGGUCGUAACAUCAAACCGAUGCGUGGGCACUCUUGGACGCCCUACCUGGCUGGGUCAGUUGAUAAGAUCCACGCAGAUGACCACGUCGUUGGCUGGGAGCUGUUUGGCAGAAGAGGACUUCGGAAAGGCCAGUGGAAGGCACUCUUUAUCCCCAAACCGUUUGGACCCGAAAAAUGGCAGCUCUACAACCUAGAUCAGGACCCGGGGGAGACAAAGGACCUGAGGGCAUCGCACCCGGAGAAGCUCAAGCAAUUGUUGACAGAGUACGCAGCAUACGUGCAGGAAGUAGGGGUGGUGGAUGAUUUUGAAUGGGGCACCUUUGUCACGGAUGAGUCUUGAUUUAAAUCUUGG